AUACGUUUUAUUCUGAUUCAAAAUAGAGCUGGAAAGACGCGAUUGGCCAAAUGGUAUAUGAAUUUUGAUGACGACGAAAAACAGAAACUCAUCGAAGAAGUUCAUGCAGUGGUGACAGUGAGAGAUGCAAAACAUACAAAUUUCGUAGAGUUUCGUAAUUUUAAAAUCGUCUAUCGUCGCUAUGCGGGUCUGUAUUUCUGCAUAUGUGUCGAUGUGAAUGACAACAAUCUUUGCUAUUUGGAGGCCAUACACAAUUUCGUCGAGGUGCUGAACGAAUAUUUCCAUAAUGUCUGUGAAUUGGAUUUGGUCUUCAACUUCUACAAAGUGUAUACAGUGGUCGACGAAAUGUUCCUCGCCGGCGAGAUACGGGAGACAUCACAAACCAAAGUUCUAAAACAAUUAUUGACUUUGAAUUCAUUGGAGUGAAUGGAAACGGCUCCAUGGCUGUUUGUUCUGGUAGUGUAGUUAUCAUUCCACAAUGUCUGUAUGUAUAGAUUAUUCUGUAACACUGACCGCAAUCUACAUGCUUACAGAAGUA